UUCUACAUUAUAUUUCUGACCUCUAUUCGAGACAGUAAACUGUAGAGUUGUUUCUGCUAAGAUCGUUGCAACACCGUUCAUUUGCUUCGACAUUCAAGCCUUUUAUGUCCUUGACACAGACUUAUUUUCUGUCUCAUCUCAGGCCACUUUCUUGCACUUGGUCUGUCAGAGUCCACCAUGGAUGUUUAAUAUUUAAAGGCUGGGAUCGUUUUGCAGGUUUUAGUUUAACGGUAACCAUAGCACACAUGCAUAUCCAUUAUUGAUAGCCAAGGCACACUUCAUGUCCUUGGGUCUCCUCUUUUCUUUCGCUGUCACAGGAGGGCUACUGCCCCUGGAAUCCAGCUCUGCUGCUGCUGUGGCCAGGGGAUGAACUGACAGCAGAUCCAUUAUGGUGUAAGCUGUUCAUGUGGGUGGAAGUGACCAUGCUAAGAAGAGAAACAAAGCCAGAAAGUGACAGGCCACGGAAAGUCCGGUUUCGGAUUGCCUCAUCUCACAGUGGGAGAGUUCUGAAAGAGGUCUAUGAGGAUGGACAACCACCAGGCUCCCUGGAUUCCGAAUGUGCCAGUGUCUGUGGAAUAGAUGGACUAAGUGACUCUGAUGGACAGCAAAAUGGCCACAUUGGAUCAGAAGAUAGCGACCAUGAGAAAGACCAGGAUAACUUGCUGGUAUUAGCCAGGACAGCCAGUGAGAAGGCCUUUGGUACGAGAAGAGUCAACAUUUUAAGCAAAAAUGGUACAGUCAGAGGCGUCAAAUACAAAGUGAGUGCUGGCCAAGCUCUGUUUAACAAUUUGACCAAAGUGUUGCAGCAACCUUCAGCUGACCUGGAAUUUGACCGUGUGGUGAUUUAUACGACCUGCCUUCGUGUGGUGAGGACAACCUUUGAGAGAUGUGAACUGGUUAGAAAGAUCUUCCAAAACCAUCGAGUAAAAUUUGAAGAGAAGAACAUAGCUCUGAACGGUGACUAUGGGAAAGAGCUGGAUGAGCGGUGCAGGCGGGUCUCCGAAGCUCCUUCCCUCCCUGUUGUGUUCAUUGACGGCCAUUAUCUUGGGGGUGCUGAGAAAAUUUUGUCCAUGAACGAAUCAGGAGAACUGCAAGACCUCUUAACCAAAAUUGAGAGAGUGCAGCAUCCACACGAGUGUCCCUCCUGUGGAGGCUUUGGCUUCCUUCCAUGCUCUGUGUGCCACGGGAGCAAGAUGUCAGUGUUUCGAAAUUGCUUUACAGACGCUUUCAAAGCCCUGAAGUGUACAGCUUGCAAUGAGAACGGCCUUCAGCGCUGUAAGAACUGCGCCUGCUGACUGCAGCUUCUGCCCAGAGACAGCCUCAUUUUGUUAAACAAAAGCUAAAAUUUGAUUUCUAAUUUUUUUUGUAAAAGAAAGUCACGUUUUUGGAUUAAACAAUAAAGUUUGUAUAUUA